AAUUGACCGACGAAGAGGAAGAAGAAUCAUCAGGCGCCAUCUUCCUGGGAGGCGCACAGGGCAACCACGAUGAACUCGCCACCGGCACCGAUUCGGUGGCCGGCAUUUUUAUUGAUUGUGAUCCUUUCAGUUGUUAUCUCUCCUUCAGUGGCGAUCUACUGCGAUGAAGAUGACUGCUAUGAUCUACUGGGGGUUUCUCAGACUGCUAAUGCUUCGGAAAUCAAGAAAGCUUACUACAAACUCUCUUUGAAAUAUCACCCAGAUAAAAACCCUGAUCCAGAAUCGAGAAAGCGGUUUGUUAAAAUUGCCAAUGCUUAUGAGAUUUUGAAGGAUGAGGCCACACGAGAACAAUACGAUUACGCAAUUGCACAUCCAGAAGAGGUAUUUUAUAAUACUGCACAGUACUAUCGGGCAUAUUAUGGUCACAAAACGGAUCCUCGUGCUGUGUUGGCUGGCCUUCUUAUUAUUCUUUCAGGUUUCCAGUAUCUAAAUAGGUGGACAAGGUAUAAUCAGGCCAUAGACAUGGUCAAGAAGACACCGGCAUACAAAAAUAAACUAAAGGCGUUGGAACUUGAACGCAGUGGAGGAGUUACAAACAAGAAGAAGACUCAGAAGAAUAUGGAUAAGAAAAUGCAGGAAGACCUUAGCAAAGAACUUGAAUUGCAGAUAAAAGGGGCUGAAAAGCCCAUUGUAUGGGAACUUAUCGGUGUCCGCUUUAUUCUCUUGCCUUAUACUUUAAGCAAGUUGUUGUUGUGGUCUGGCUGUUGGUUUUGGAGAUACAAGGUCAAGCAACAUCCCUUUACUUGGGAAGAUGCUUCUUAUCUGACACGAAGGUCCCUUGGUGUACCCCAGGAUGUUUGGAGAAGCAUGGACGAAGGGAUAAAGGAAGACCUUGUGUUAAGGCGUUUAUGGAAGAAAUCAAACCUGGAGAGCUACGUUGCAGAGAUGCGUAAAGAAUCUAAGCGUAGAAGAUAGCUGUUUUGUUGUAGCUUUUCCACCUGAUGCUUCUGCUUUUGAUGUACGAGCAUUUUACUGAUGUGGGUUCAGCACAAGUGUAUUUAACAUAAUAGUGAAAAUUAUAAUUCUGUUUUUGUUUUUAUUAA